GAGACCCCAAACACCCCUGCCUCGUUCAGGGGUGUGUCACUAUAAACACAAGAACACAGCAGAGAGACGUGCAGACACAACGCGAAAAGAGGAAGAAGAGACAGCUGCUUCAUACAGUAUUUAGUGGUCAUGGAGAGAUUGUCCACAGUCAGCCAACCUGUCCCAUGUGAGAAAAAGGAGGUGGGUGACAAAAAACAGGAUGGGAAACUACAAGCUGAGCAUGGGACCACAGAUGAGGCGUUAACAGACCAAAAAGUGAUGGCAGGAGAGGCUUUGGACAGAAGGAGCAUCUGGGAGCCGAGUGUUUACUACGCACUGGGACAGGAGUCUUUUCAAUUUGCUGGUCAUGACAUCAGCAUCCGCGAGUCCAUGGACACUUAUGGUGCUCUGAUCUGGCCCGGGGCGAUAGCUUUGUGCCAGUUCUUGGAGAAUAACCAGCAACAAGUGAACCUGAUGGACAAAGCGGUGCUGGAGAUUGGAGCUGGGACUGGUUUGCUCUCAAUAGUGGCCAGUCUGCUUGGUGCUUGGGUGACAGCUACUGACCUGCCAGACAUCUUGUCAAAUCUGACCUUUAACCUAAUGCGGAACACCAAGGGCCGGUCCCGCUACACUCCUCAGGUGGUUGCCCUUACCUGGGGUCAGGACCUGGAGCGAGACUUUCCCUACCCGUCCUACCACUACGACUACGUGCUCGCAGCUGAUGUGGUCUAUCACCACAACUGCCUUAAAGAACUGCUGGAAACCAUGCGUCACUUUUGCCGACCAGGAAGUCGAACAACGCUGCUGUGGGCCAACAAGAUCCGGUUCCAGUCAGACUUGAGGUUCACAGAAUGCUUUAAGAGCAGUUUCAACACCACACUGCUCAUCGAGCUCCCACAGCAGGAGGUGGGGAUAUACAAGGCCACAGCGAAGGAGUGACGGAGGAGCUUCAGGAGGUGAAGAAGAUGAGAAAGGGUUUGU